AUGGAAAGAAUUGAGAUGCAGCCAUGGUAUUUGGGAUUUCUAUCAAGGGAUCACAUAGCAUCACAUUUAUCAAAACCGGGUAAUUGGUGUGUCCGUAGUUCGGGUACCAAUGAAAAACGUUUGCUAUUUGUCGUCAUAAAAGUGGAUGAAAAAAAUGUGCGCGAAUUAAAACUUGUUUAUAUGGAAAAAUUAAAAGGAUGGACAUUGAUAGAGAUGAAGGAUACGAAUAGAAAUGAUAAUGAUGAAUUGAUCAUAUAUGGAUCAAUCAUUGAACUUUUAUCAAGCGAAUCAAAAUUUUGUCAAAAAAUGAAUCUACGAAGUCCAAUUAAUCGACCCAAUUAUCUGUUAAACGAUGAGAAUUUGACAAUGACAGAUAUCAAAUUAGGCGAAGGACAUUAUGCUGAAGUAAUUAAAGGAAUGCUUAAAAUGAACGGUGAAGAAAUUAGUGUUGCAGUGAAACGUUGCUUGCAAGUUGGUAAAGUUAGCAUCACUGAUAAACGAUCCACCAAAGAUAUUAUUAAAAUAAAACUUGCGGAAUCGCAAAUGAUCGCAGAAGCACGAUUAGUUUGCGAUUUUAUGCAUGAGAAUAUCAUCAAAAUUUAUGGGGUAGCUUGUAAUUUUGCACCUGUUAAGGUUGUAAUGGAAUAUUGUCCAGGUGGUUCGCUAAAAAAUUUGCUUAUCAAACAUAAAGAAACAAUUAAAAAUGAAGAACGAAAUAUAUUUUUGUAUGAAGCAGCUAAAGCAUUGCGACAUCUUCAACUCAAAAAAUGUGUCCACAGGGAUGUUGCUGCUAGGAAUUGUUUAAUUGGAAAAAAUGGUUUAUUGAAACUAUCCGAUUUUGGUUUAAGUAGACGUUUAAAGGAUUUAAAUGAUGAUGAGAAUAUCGCUUGGCCAAUACCAUGGAUGGCACCAGAAACAUUAUCAAAAAAGCCAAAAUUCACAACAAAAAGUGAUGUUUAUGCAUUUGGAAUUUUAAUUUAUGAGGUCUAUUCAUGUGGUGGUAAUCCAUGGCCUGAUAUUGCUAUGGUUCAAGAUAUAAUACCACUUGUAAGAAAUGGACGAAUCAUGGCUACACCAACAUUAUUAAAUAACAAAAAUAUCGAAAAAAUUAUGCAUCAAUGUUGGAAACGGAAAGCUAUGCAUAGGCCUGAUUUUAUUGAAAUUGUAAAAAAAUUUCGUACAGUAUUACAAUCACAAAAGUUACCUACAGGACAAGAUCGUAUUGUAAGUAUGCUGGAUGGAAUUGAUUCAUCGAAGAAUACAAUCAGUUUAGAGGAGAAUUCACCGGAUAGCAUAUUGUCAAAACAGUUUGAAGUAGAUGAAAAAGCAACUCAGAAAUUAGCUGAAACAGCUGAGGAGACAAGUACGAUAUUAACAAGGGGUCAUGCUCAUGCUUCAGCUCCUACUUUAAAGACACACGAACAGGAUAUGGAAAGAAAAGAAAUUAAGAAAAAGAAAUCCUCAGCGAGACGAACAACAUCAUCAGCAAAACUGGAAAAAUGGCAAAAACUGGGCACGCUAUCAACAUUGUCUGUCCGUGACACAUCUUCAACAACAACUUCCAGGGAACAUUUCCGGAAAUGGAUAACAUCAAUGACAUCUAGACGGUAUAAAAAUCGAAAAAAACAAGCAAAGGACAAACCUCCAAGUCCUGCACGAUAA